UAGGGUCGGGUCAGUGAGCCGUGAGGGCUGGAGUACAGUUAGUCGCCUCCAGAACUCACUUGAGAAGGACGUUGUACAUCUGUUCUCUGCGCGGUUUUUGUGUGCAGAGAUUUUAAAGUGAAAAAAGCAUUCCUCAUAAAGCAGUGACAAUGGCCAGAUAACCUCUGCAUAUCUUUAGAAAGAAACACUUGGGCCAUAGUAGUGGAUUGAUCAGUUUUGCGUUUAGUUAACACUUUAAAAACUGAAUACGUAUUAUAUAGUUUGCGACAUCACAAACCUGUGUCAUUCAGCACAAGUUCUUAUGAAGGCUCAAGCCUCUUGUCUGAUAAAUGCUGCCUAGUUCUGCCAACACUAUGGAUGUUUGAGACCGUGGAUGAGCCAGGAGCAACUGAGGAAGAUGGCCAGCUGUGCAUUGAAAUGUGUGGAGUGAGUGGGCAUGAGCAUGCUGCUGGGCGUGCUGACCACCCUGGUGCUGAUGCUGCGCUGUGGGGUCACUGCCGCUCUCACUGUGGGCAUGGGUGGCCUCACCUGGCUGAUGUGGGGUGCUCUCCAGUGUGCCCUGGCACCAGCCCAUGCCUUCGUGCUCCUCUCUUCUUACCCAGCAUAUACACGACAGUUUGAAGUGGGGACCCUGUAUAUGUAUGGAUAUGAGACAUCUGUUUUAUUAAAUGAACCCCAGCCAUUACCUGUGUCCACUACCAAAGAUGUUGGCUUCAGGGUAGAGCUGACUGCUGAGAUCACACCAGUCUGGCAGCACCCAACCAAUUCUCAUGAGCAAAUUCUCCAACUCACUGUGGUAACACCAAAGCUCUCAGUCAAGGCUCGGCAAGGACCUUCCCCCGAAGGCUUUCUUCACAAACCCUCAAAAGUGGAGAUGUACAAAUUACAUCCCCUAUUCCUGCAUUGGGAUAAUGGCCAGAUUAAGAAAGUCUAUCAUGUUGAUGGAAGUGAAUCAUCAGUUCUCAAUGUUAUGAAAGGCAUCUCCAGUUUGCUCCAGCAUCAAGUAAAAAAUUUGAAGGAGACAGAAGUUGAUGCUUCAGGCAAGUGUGAUGUUAUCUACAAGUUGGCUGACUCUACUCAUGUCUCAAAGUUGAAGAAAAACUGCAGAACUGUUGUACCAGUAGCUUACUUCAACCACACAAAUAAGGUUCUGGGUGCUCAAAUUGAUAGUCAGGUGACUGUUUCUUAUGUUUUGAGUGAUGAAGACAAAAUAAUUCGAAAGGCCACAUCCAUGGAGACACAUUUCUUGAGAGUAGAGGCUCGUAAGCAAUCAGGAGCUGAGGUUAUGAGUAAGCAAGUGCUUCAUCUCAAGGGUCGUGAAAAAGUUAACACACCAAAGUAUACAGGAAAAAGUGUUGCAGAGGUUAUUAAGUCUAUUUCCUCUAAGCUUCAAAAAAAACUCCUUACUGACCAGUUAGCAACCAAUCCUGACCCAAAGGAGUGUAUCGCAUGCAAAUCGUUGAAGGAUCUUGUCAACAGUUUUCGUUCUACAUUGAGUUCCAAGAACUUGGGCUCCCAAGGCUCAGCUAUUGCUUUUCUUCGCUUGCUCAAGAAGGUGCGAGAAAGUGAUCAAGAAACUUUUCACGCUGUACUGAAAGAUAAGAAGAAUUCUAAAAUAUUGGCCCAGUUGCUGGAUAUUGCUGCAGCUGCCCAAAUAGAACCAGCACACAAAGCAGCCAUGUCUGUGCUCAGAUUUAAUGGUCUAGCUGAUCUACCUGAACGAUACUUGCUGAGUCUUUCUUUGUCAACUCAUCCGUCAGAAUUCAUCAUUCAAGACAUAAUGAAGCUUGUUAAAAAGGGCCACAACAAUGACAAGUUGUAUGAGACUCUGGUACUUACUGUAGCUUCACUGACUCAUACCUUCUCCAGGACACCCAACAACAUGAAGCAGCCGAUUGUUUCAGAGGUGAGGAACUUUCUUGUUGAGAAGUUAAGAAGCUGUGAUGAUGAACUCUGUCAACUAAUGUAUAUACGUGGGUUGAAAAAUUUACGAAUGGCAGACACAGUGAAUGUGUUACUUGAAUUUGCUGAAGGGGAGGCUCGUAAACCUGCCAUUUAUGCUACACGUGCCCUUCAAACCAUGCCUGAUAGCUAUAUAACCAAAGAGGUUUGUGUAACAAUGGAAAGAAUUUUCUUGGAGCUGCGCUCUAAACAUGAUUCAAGUGUCAGAGCCAUGGCAGUAGAUAUUCUUCUUCGCCAUAAUCCCAGCGAGGACCUUUUACGGGUGAUACUCCAAAUGAUGGCCUUGCAAGAUUCCAAAGAACUUAAUACACUGCUUUUGGGUCGACUGUAUGAUUUAUCUCAGAGCAGUAAAUAUUUACAACAGAUGUUAAAUAAACUCUUGAAAGAUCCGCAAUACAAUAAUUACCACAUAUUGGGCCAAAAUGGAGUCUCUUCAGCAUUCUCACGUAUGCUUUAUGAAGAUAAAAGUGCCAAUUCUUCCUUCAGUAACAUGCUGGAAAUUCAAGGGGGUCUUCUAAAACGAUCUACAGUUCCCUUUUUUUGUGGAAAACCCCUGAUGCUAAAAAGAGACUUUCUCGGUAAGUUAUAUACUCUUAAGUUUGGUAUCUUUGCUGGUGGUCUUUCUGUGUUUAGUGGUGAAGAUGCGAUCGAUGAUGGGGAAGAUGCUAAUGCUGGUAUCGAGAUCACACUCAUGGAUACCCAGCUGCGUCCCUUUGUAUUUUUCUCUGGUUUCGGGUGAUUUAAUGGUGCUGUGUGGUCUGGUACAGGUUCAGAAAGGACAACUGCUCUUCAGGGGUCACUGUUACUUCAAGACCACUUGCAGGUUGUGCCAUUACAGAAUGGUUUAAAUGCAGAGCUUCUUCUCAAUGGUGCCAUUUCAUAUGAUUUUGCAGGGGAAAUCCAGAUUUCGCUAUGGAACCGAAAUGCUCAUAGCUUAGUGGAAGUUGGAGCAGCCAUGGUGAUACAGGGAGUGGCACGAGUUGACACUUCAUUUGUACAGACCCUAAUAGAAUUCAACACUGGUGCACAAACACAGCUCAACUUUAUUUCUGACCUCGACUUUUAUGAAGAAGUCAUCAUGUGCCUCCAGAUGGUGCAACCUAAUUUUGAGGUGGUAAAUAAUGUGCGUAAAUUGGAACGUAUCCCUGGCAGUAAUUAUGUCCUCAGGAAGUAUAAAAGAAAAUUAUCUCAUGUGCCAGGUAAAACGUUUGUGAUGAAUAAGAAGAACACUGAACUCUGUAAUAAGAUGUUCAGUAAGUGAGUUAUAAUUUAAUAUGUAAAUUUAUUGUUAUAGCAUUGCUAAUAAAUUUAAGUAUUUUGAGGUACUGUAUUAUUAAAGGACAAUUUUUAUUUAGUAUAUAAGAACUUUUCAAAUGCGAUGUGAUAUUUCGUAUUAAUUGUCCCUGAUGUAAGAUAGAGAAAUGAGCAGUGCAAUUUGUAUAUGCUUUGGUUCUAUUUAAUUUUGGAGAAGUUAUAGUUAACAACAUAGAGACCUUUUUAGUUUUGAGACCAUUAAAUAUUUAAGAUAAUAAGAAGUGACAAUGUUUUAGUAAAGGAUAAAAAGAUGUUAUACUCUUCUUCAGGAUAUUACCUUAUUAUCAAUAAAAUUGUAUUUUUUUUUUUUAUGUUGGAACAGUUGUUUAAUUUUAUCUAUAUUAUACUUUGACAUAUUUAUUAAAAAUUUCUUGUUAUGUACACCACAAUUUGCUGACUGAUACUAUGAUUUUUGUACGAGACUUUUUUUUUUCUAGUCGAAUCUAGUAUCAGUUUCCUUGUUUACCAGAAUUUUAUUUUGGUAUAUGUAGAUUAUUUAUUUUCUAAACUGUAAUAAAAGAUAAUGAGCAGUUGUAUUUACAAAAAAUAUUUUCUUGGAGUAUUGUUUAUGGUUUCUAGCAUAACUGUAUAUUUCUCUCUCUACUUUUGUUGUUAUCACACUAUUGCUCUGUGAUGAACGAAAUAUUUGAAGUGUUAUUCACUAAACUAAAGAAUUUUUAUAUGCUAUAAUAACUAAGGGCAUUUUGCAUUACACUUAUUUAAAUACUAUGUAAGUUGUGUUGGAGCAUUGUAUUUGACAUUUGAAAACACUGAGGAAUUGCAAUAUACUUCUGAAAGACAUUUUUAUGUGUUACUGUAAAAUUGUUGCCUGAGUGGUUGUGUAUGCUUAGUAGCCCACCCUCAAUCAUCUGUGAUAAUUUCUCAUUUUUUCAGUGUACCUCCAUAGAACUCACUUAACAGUAACAUAACCAUGGAAACCAUGACAGUAACAGGCUUGGUAGAUGCAUGAAGUUGUAGCUACAUUAGCAUUAUAAAUAAGGGACAUCAGUAAUGUAAGAGUCCACAUAACUCAAAAGUCUAUCACCUAUACAUCCUCAGCUUAAUAACAAUGCUCAAAAGAUUAUAUUCCUGGUGAAGUGCUAAAUACUCUGAGGACAUAUUGCUUGUAGAAUGGAGAUGAAAAGGUUUGAUACAAGGAAGGGAGGGUAAUUCCAACUUCUUGGAUCAGCAGCCCUUCAGCACUGAGGCAUCCCCUUCCCCUUCAAGGGAAUGUGCACAAGAAAUAUAGCUUUCACUGCUUUCAGAUUUUAAAGCACACUAGAUACAGAUGAACUGUUUUUGAAAAAAUGACAUCAAAACUGCUAAAUGCAGUUUUCCAUCACAUAACUAAAUGAAAUAUAAAAAUGAUUAUUUUUCUUUUUCCAAAAUAAGUGAAAUUUUAUAAGGACAAAAAAAAAAUUUAAUGCACAAUCUUCAAUAAAAGUCUUUAGUAUCAACUGUGAUGCAUCUACAAAUAAAUUUUGUGUCAAUAUAGAGGCUGAAAGCUGUAUACUAAAUUAUUACUGUAUCUCUUGACAAUCAAAUGUUCUUGUGCCUUUCAAUUAUGCCUUGUUAGUAAACAUUUUAUAUUUAAAAAACACUCACGGUAAUAUUGUAUAACUACAUUUCAUUGUUGUAAUGUUGUGUACCAGUUUCAUAGUGAUAUAUUUUUUCAAUUGCUCUUUUGUUAAGCAAACAUGGCAGUCUACUAAACAAUGAUCUUUGUUGUAUACAGUACUGGCAGGUACUAUAUGAAUCAUUUCUAGCAAUUCAUCAAAGUAAAAACUGUUUGUGCCAACAUGCACUUUUACAUAUACACAAGUCAUGUACAGUAUAUGGAAUGAAACUGUAUAUAUUUUUUUGAUCAGGGAGUUAGAAGAUGAAUGCUUAGUUGUUGCCUCAUUUUCUAAUUAGUUGUUAGCAUAACCUGUAAUAAUUGAUCUUUCCCUAUUGUUGAAAUAAAGGACUUGUUUAAA